GUUCCUUCUGCUCCUGAUCUUUGUGUUUGUUGAGCAUUGUUGUUGAUUAGCUUCGCUAUUUCUUCUCCAAAUUGAGAGCGAUGAGCACGAUGUUGCCAUUUUCGUCGCAUUUAUUUGGUUACGGCUGUUUUAAUCCCCCAAAAUGGAUUUUUUCCGUUGUGCUUUCUUGAAAAAGUUGGGAGAUUGAUUAUAUUCAGUUGUUCUCCUACCUAUGAAGCUUUUACUGGUAACUUCGUUGUUUCCUCAUCUGCAUCUGUCUACUUUGUUAUCGGCUUCCUUUCUUCGAUCCCUUGGAUUUAUGAGAUUAACAAGUAACUAGGAAGGCAAAGUGAAAAUGUCCUCUGCAGAAUCAUCCAGGGAGGAUAAUGUAUACUUGGCUAAAUUGGCCGAACAAGCUGAGCGAUAUGAAGAAAUGGUGGAAUUCAUGGAGAAGGUAGUGAAGAAUCUAGGAUCUGAGGAAUUGACAGUCGAAGAGCGCAACCUCCUAUCUGUAGCUUACAAGAAUGUCAUCGGCGCUCGUAGGGCUUCGUGGCGUAUCACCUCGUCAAUCGAACAAAAGGAGGAGAGCCGUGGUAAUGAGAACCAUGUCAAGGUGAUCAAGGAAUACCGAAGCAAGGUCGAGGUUGAGCUCACCAAGAUCUGUGAUGGAAUUCUGAAGUUGCUUGAUUCUCACCUCGUCCCAUCUGCCACAUCUGCUGAUUCGAAGGUGUUUUAUCUGAAGAUGAGGGGUGACUACCACAGGUACCUUGCUGAAUUCAAGACUGGAGACGAGAGGAAGGAGGCUGCUGAAAGUACACUAGCAGCCUAUAAAUCUGCACAGGAUAUUGCCCUUGCUGAACUGGCCCCAACCCAUCCAAUUAGGCUGGGACUGGCACUUAAUUUCUCUGUGUUCUACUAUGAAAUUCUCAAUUCUUCGGAUCGUGCUUGUAGUCUUGCUAAACAGGCUUUCGAUGAAGCCAUCUCGGAGUUGGACAGUUUGGGUGAGGAAUCUUACAAGGAUAGCACAUUGAUCAUGCAGCUCCUCCGUGACAACUUGACCCUAUGGACUUCUGAUAUCAUGGAGGAUGGUGGAGAUGAGAUCAAAGAAAAGGAAGCCCCAAAAGCAGCUCAGAAGCAAGAAUCAGAAGAGGGUAAGUGAUGAGCACGGCUUUUCUUCAGCAAAACAAAGGCAGAAGUUUGGGAACCAUCCAUUGAUUUUGGCGGUGGUGGUAUUGAAGAACUGCUAGCUAUUUAUGAAUCAUUAAUUUGUGCUCCAAUUUUUCAAGGUGCUAAUUAAACACAGAUCAAGCUGUUAAACUAUCAACAGUUUUUAUGUUCCAUCAUCUUUUCUACAGUUAUUUCGUACUCUCAACGAUAGAGAGCCCAAAAAAAAAUGAUCGCAGUUUCUAUUAAGAAGAUAAUGAUUAAUGACUAUGAUUGUUUGUUUCUUAAAGUGCUUUCUUCAUAUUUUGGAAUGAUUUAA